UGCCGCCAAUAAAGGCGGGAGGCGCGGGUCUGGCGGGAACUUGCCGGGUACAGCUGAGAAGGGUCUCGGUGCUGCGAGCUUCCAGGCCGCGCCAUGAGCUGCAUCAACUUGCCCACCGUGCUGCCCAGCUCCCCCAGCAAGACCCGGGGACAGAUCCAGGUGAUCCUCGGGCCCAUGUUCUCAGGGAAAAGCACCGAGCUCAUGAGACGGGUCCGCCGCUUCCAGAUCGCUCAGUACAAGUGCCUGGUCAUCAAGUACGCCAAGGACGUCCGCUACAGCCACAGCUUCUGCACGCAUGACCGGAACACCAUGGACGCGCUGCCGGCCUGCCUGCUGCGGGACGUGGCUCAGGAGGCCCUGGCCGUGGCCGUCAUAGGCAUCGACGAAGGGCAGUUUUUCCCCGACAUCGUGGAGUUCUGCGAGGCCAUGGCCAACUCCGGGAAGACGGUGAUUGUGGCUGCCCUGGAUGGAACCUUCCAGAGGAAGGCUUUCGGCUCCAUCCUGAACCUGGUGCCCCUGGCCGAGAGCGUGGUGAAGCUGACAGCCGUGUGCAUGGAGUGCUUCCGGGAAGCCGCCUACACCAAGAGGCUGGGCUCCGAGAAAGAGGUGGAGGUGAUCGGUGGGGCGGACAAGUACCACUCCGUGUGCCGCCUGUGCUACUUCAAGAAGUCCACGGGCCCGCCUGCAGGGCCGGACAAGGAGAACUGCCCGGCGCUGGCCAAGCCGGCCGAGGCCACGGCCGCCAGGAAGCUCUUCGCCCCCCAGCAGGUCCUGCAGUGUAGCCUCGCGGCCAACUGAGAGCCCAGAGCCCCUGCUGCUGCCCCCUGGCGGGAGCCCACGCCCCACACCCUGUGGCUCUGCACAAGAGGAAGCCGGGAGGAAAGCGGGUUCCGUCUCCGUCCCUGGCACUUUUGGUUCCCUUUCUGGCUGCUGUGUAGGCCCGCCCAGCCGGGGGUGGCCCUGCCUGGCCGCCGCAGACACCCCCACUCCAGGGAGAGGGGCAGAGCCCCACGUGGCCGUGACGUUAACCGCUGGCUUCUUCCCCCUUUGUGGCUUUCACUGCCGAGUUUCUGUUCUUCCUGUGAAGUCUCUGGCCUGCACCUUGAGACUUGACCCCUCUGGCCGCCCUCGCGGCUGAAAGCCCCUCCCAGCGGGGCAGCGGGUUUCCCCGGAAUCGGCCUCUUCCGUUGGUGGCACCAGCCCGGCUGGGGCGGACGCCAGGGGGCUGCACCGGGCUGGGCCUGGGGGGAGGCAGGGUCUACCCUUUUGCCAUAGUGUAUGAAAUUAAUUAUAACUAAUAUUAGAAUUUGCCA